AUGUUUUACAGAGGGUAUGGCGAUGGUUCAGAUAUGCGUGAAAUGGGUGCAAAGCGGCAGCGGGUAGUUGACCAGGGUCCUUCAUUCUUUGGGGCAACCCCAGCUGGGACGAGCUUUAUGUACAACCAACCAACGUAUGCCUAUGUUGGCCAAGCUCCACCUUUCCCUGUUGUGCGACUCCGUGGUCUGCCGUUUGAUUGCACGGACACUGAUGUGGCCGAGUUCUUCCGAGGUCUAGACAUCGUAGAUAUCCUCUUCGUCCACAAGGGUGGCAAUAAGUUCAGUGGCGAGGCGUUCUGUGUGCUUGGUUACCCUCUUCAGGUCGAUUUCGCUCUCCAAAAGAACAGGCAGAACAUGGGGAGGAGAUACGUCGAGGUGUUUAGAAGCACGAGACAGGACUACUACAAGGCAAUAGCAGGUGAAGUAUCGGAGUAUCGCGGUGUUAGUUCACCGAGGCGGAGCUAUGCACGAGCGAGAUCAUACGACGAGGGGAAGGAAUCAGCGGAGCACACAGGGAUGUUGCGGCUGAGGGGGCUGCCAUUCUCAGCAGGGAAGGACGACAUUAUGGAGUUCUUCAAAGACUAUGGACCAUUGUCAGAGGGAUCCAUCUACAUACUAACAAAUUCAGAAGGGAGACCCAACGGGGAGGCGUUUGUGGAGUUUGAGAGUGCAGGGGAUUCAAAGGCGGCCAUGGAGAAGGAUAGGAUGACGCUGGGGAAUCGAUACAUCGAGCUGUUUCCUUCAUCGGUGGUGGAGUUGAAAGAAGCUCUGUCCAGAGGAAGGUGA